UGACAGCGUUGGAUAAGCGCCAUCGCUUGACCAGCAAGGAAGCGCUGCCCAUUCCAGAGGCCUGGCUCUGCCAUCGGAAGUAAUGUUUAAUUUCAGUCGCUUGCCGAUUACACAAGUGAUUAGUCCACUUUGUUCGGGUUCCUACAAAUGUUGCCCUCACAAAACCAGUGCCUAGAUCAUGGUAACAGCCUGUACCAUAAGUCGCCAAGUCCAACCGGGCUCCCGGCUCCAAACAAUGUAACUACCGUAACCACUCCGCAACGUCCGUCGUCGCCGCGUCAAUUCUUUGAACGUCUUUACGGCCAUCUCGAGACGCGAAGCAGUGACAAUGGCGAUAUCGAUGUGGUAGCUGGCACCCACAAAUCCCCCAGUUGCAGAACCCCCUAUCACAGUGAUGGCGGGACUGUCUCCUCGCCGGAUAUCUCGAUUAGUGAUGAACAUGACCGUGUGAAUGUAUCUUCAGUUGGUUUACCCACCGCCUUUGAUAUAUACGCACCCAAAGUGGAUUACCAGAGCAGCUAUGCACCAAGUCCAACGGGGCCCAUCCCGACCGUCACUUCCACUUCGGUUUUACCAUAUCCUGGCUUUCCAAGUGACACACAAUUUAGUGCUGGAUUUUCCGCAUUUCUGGCGCGUCGACGUCGCAAGGAAGGACGCCAGCGUCGACAGCGGACAACAUUUAGCACGGAACAAACUUUACGCCUGGAGGUGGAGUUCCAUCGCAAUGAAUACAUCUCGAGGAGUCGCCGUUUCGAACUGGCUGAAACACUGGGUCUGACGGAGACACAAAUUAAAAUCUGGUUUCAAAAUCGUCGUGCCAAGGACAAACGUAUUGAGAAGGCACAAAUAGAUCAACAUUAUAGGAACUUUGUCGUGGCCAAUGGUUUUAUGAGCUCUAUAAUGGGUCAAGCGACCAAUGCGUCCACCAUGCUGCCUUCCAGGGGUGGUGUAGCUCUGGGUGUUGGUGUGGGCAUUGGCUAUUAUCCACCUCCACCUGCUCUGCCUCCGCCACCACCUCUGCCCACAGCAGUCCAAGUGCCGCAGACUGAACCUAAAAGCAACACGCAGGGUAUUCAAACUAUUCCAAGACAUGCAGAUGCCAAUUACGUUGACAUUGAUGACCAACAGCGCCAAAGGCAGCGACAGCAACAGCAACAACAACGCGGAGCCUUCAACGGCAGCAACAUCCCCGACAACAACAAUAAUGCUGCGCGUGGACUUGUCAAUACUUGCUAACAAUUAGACAUUGGUUAAGUGCGUUGCAGCUUUGAAUUAACAUAAAUAUAAUUAUUUAACCAGAUUUAAGCAAAUUCACUCUAGGUCUUUACAUACAUAUGUACAUAUGUAU